ACUUUUGGAUCACUGUCGACACUUCGGAAGCAAAAUUCUAUGAAGCUAUUUAUGUUGUGAAAAGGAACGUUAUCAGUGUAUGUGUGGCACGAAAAUUUCCGAACCAGGUUCCGUUUAUAUCGUCUCUUGAAGUACGUGGCAUCGACCCGGAAGCCUACAACGGUAUCGGUCCGGAUUACGCGUUACUCACCAACUAUAGGAUUGGUUAUGGCCUAUCUGAUGGAAGUAUAAUCAGAUUUCCGGAAGACCCGUAUGAUAGAAUAUGGGUUCCCGAGAACAUUGGUAUUGGACUAGUACGUCUUAACAACACAUCUACCAUCGAUGACAAUUCAAUCGAUAAUCCUCCUACACGGGUCAUGAAUGGUGCAAUUGCGACAAUGGACACAAAUUAUUCCAUAUAACCUUGAGCUUCCCUAUCGUUAACUACCCCACUCGUUAUCCAAUGUACAUAAACUGGUAUUUCACUGAAGUCCAAGGGCUCGGACUCGGAGAAUACCGGUCUUUCGAAAUCUACAAAGACGAUGAUAACUUCUCACUCCCAAUUGUACCCCGUAUCGGUUAUGUGUCUCAAUUACUCGUCUCGGAUCUCUCUGUCAAUGGCACCAUUAACUUCUCCAUCGUUACUACCGAUGAUUCCACGCUUCCCCCUCUCGUCAAUGCCAUCGAGAUCUUUUCGAUCAGUGAUGCCCUAACCAAUGGGACCGACGACAACAAUGCCGAAGGUUUAGAUUCUCUUAAAAGCGCAUUUGACGUUUUAAAAGAUUGGGAGGGAGACCCGUGUCUUCCCGCGCCAUAUUCAUGGGAUUGGAUCGAAUGCAACGAUGAUCCUAGACCUCGUGUAACAUCACUAAAUCUGAAUGGUUAUAGCCUCUCUGGGCCACUUCCGGACUUUAAGAGCAUGGAUGCACUUGAAAUAAUAGAUUUACAUAAUAACAACUUGACUGGAUAUGUACCCGAUUUCCUUGGCAAUAUGUUAAAUCUUAAACAACUGUGA